AUGGCUGCCAUUCGAGUACAAAAUGAAGAUACUCUUGAGUGUUUUCUUUAUCCAAAAUUUUGUUAUUCAAUGGAAACAGAUAGUGUGACCGAAACAAUACUUAAUGACGAAAUUAGUAAAUAUAAUGAGUUUAUCAAUAAGUUUACAAAUGAUUAUCUUUGGCAUCAUGAUUCUCUAGUAUUUUAUCCAAGAACCAAACAAGCAAUAGUACUUAAUCAAAUGCUCCAUUCUUCAACUGUAUCCCACGACUUAUCCCUUGUGCCGCAUAUUUAUGCAUCGCUUAGAUUUGACGAAGACGUAGGAGAUGAAUGGUUCACCGUAUUCCUGAUCUUCAAAUUAACCGAAUCCUUCGACGGAUUGAUUGCUAGAAUAGUAGAUUCAGAUGGUGAAUUUUUACUGAUUGAGACUGCUGAUUUUCUUCCCCGUUGGCUUGAGCCAGAAAACUGCCAAGAUCGUGUUUAUAUUUUUGAUGGACGAAUCCACGUCAUUCAAGACAGACGUGUACUACCGAUUCAACAAUUGAAACGCAUAUCUGAAAAUUCACAAAAUUAUUUACUAUCUCGUGAGGUACAGGAUACAUUGAAGAAACGACUGGCUGCUUAUCCAGAUGAAUUAAACUUAAGGAAACAUAAAGCACGAGCUUUUUUGCCAGAAAAAGCUGCUUCAAUACUUGCUCAAAAUCCAGGACUUAUUGCUCCAGCGGUACGAACUAUUGUUCAUUCAGAUCCCUCGGAAAGAACGGUAUGUCGUGCCAUGAGAUAUUUUCCACCAGAACAACGUACCAUGGUGAAUGUCCAAAUGACCAAGUGUUUGUACGCAAUGAGUUCACAUUGUCGUUACAACGGUGACCCCAGAACCGGUUGGAAUUCUCCACCAACUAACAGUCCAAAAUAUAACGCACAUAUAUUAGGUAUUAAAAUAGCUUGUGGCUUAGAGAUGCUGGUAGCCAGAGCUAAUGAACAAUUAAAACGUAAUGAAUCAUCUGAAAGUAUAGAUGACAAUCAAUGGAGAGAGUAUCGUCGUCGUUUAGAAGCUAGCGGGUACUUUAGAAGUACUCUUGAAGGUAGUAAAGAACGAGAAAGAUUGACACAGACAGCUAAAGAGUACUUAAUUGCUCAUCCAUUAAACACAACUCAGGUGUUAACCGAUGAUAGUGCUGCAUUAAAGAUCUUAAAAGCGUGGAAAAAUGUCAAGACCGAAGAUUUUGAAAUGCACGCACAAGACGAAGCUUCUUUGAGUCCUCCGGACGAUGACAGCUGGUUGAGUGUCGAUGCAGCACAGUUAGAAGCAAUGUUGGGACAACACUGGGCUCGCAGCAGCAAAAAAACACCUCAAGAACCGAUUAGUAUUAAGGACAAAGUCAAGGUAUUUUUAAAUCAAAAGAGUGACGCUGAUGGUAUUGAAUUUUCAAGUGAGUCCCGCGGUGAUGACGAGAAUAAAAAUGAUAUUGAAGAUGUUGGAAGGAUAGAUUUUGAUCCAGAAGUUUUUGACAGUACUCUGCGUGAUAUAUUAGAUCUUGUGGUGCCUGGUGGUGAUGGUGAAUUUGACGGUAGCUCUGAAGGUUCUCUGGGUGGUGAUGAAGAAGACGAACGUGGCGGUGAAAUGGACAAGUACAUGAAAUUAAUGGAUUCCCAGCUUGAAGCUGAAUUAGUUAAAGACACAGCCAGUAUGUCAAGCUGCUUUAAAGACUCGGUUGAAUCAAAUUUAAUGGAGAGCAUAGAAGAAGAAGCUGGUGGCGCUGGACCAGCUGGUAAUAUUAUCGGUGGUCCUGUUCGACGUCUUAUGCAUUUACAACUUCAAUCACCAACUGCUGUUCCUCCUGAUCUUCAAAGUUAA